UAAUUUACUCAAAUCUGAAGGGAUGAAACCCGCCAAACACGUCGCUUGUUCCAUCACUUUUUCCCAUUUCCCGGACUCAGAAAACGGAAAUCUCAUGGCGUUUGAGGUUGACGGAGCUGAUAUCUAUCAUUGAUACAUUCUCAUUCGCGCCCAUAGAAAGUGAAUUUUCAGGUCAAAUCUCUCGGCUAAUCGCAUUGCGGUGAACGUUUCUCCGUCUCUUCUCGAUUUCCUCUCUGAAUCUCUUCGCAAUCGAUCUCCUCAUUUUCACGAUCGGGCAUUAUGGCGGAGGGGAACGCGCAUUCGAGAUACGUGAGGCUGACCAAAGAGCAGGCGCCUGUGGAGGAUAUCACUCCUGGUGAGCUCAAUCAGCCGAUAGAGGUCCCUCAGUUAAUAGUCCAUAGAUGCCAUGAAUGUGGACAGCCCCUACCCGAAAGCUACCAGCCUCCAUCCGAUGAAGAUUGGACAACUGGCAUCUGUGGCUGUGCUGAUGAUCCUGAGAGCUGUUGGACUGGUCUCUUCUGUCCCUGUGUCCUGUUUGGACGUAAUGUUGAAACACUGAGGGAAGAUAUUCCUUGGACCAAUGGUUGUGUUUGCCAUGCCUUAUGUGUUGAAGGUGGGAUGGCCAUUGCUGCUGCAACAGCACUGUUCCAUGGAAUUGAUCCGAAGACAUCAUUUCUCAUUUGCGAGAGCUUGUUCUUUGCUUGGUGGAUGUGUGGAAUCUAUACUGGCUUAUUUCGUCAAUCAUUACAGAAGAAAUAUCAUCUGAAGAACUCACCUUGUGACCCAUGCCUUGUGCACUGUUGCAUGCAUUGGUGUGCACUGUGCCAAGAGCACAGGGAGAUGAAGAACCACCUUUCCGACAAUGUCGUGAUGCCAAGCACUGCACCUCCCCCAGUCCAGCAGAUGAGCUCCACCAAUGAACAGAAGACCGACUCACCACUUGCUGAGCCCUCAAAGGAGGGUGCCGGCAACAAUUUGGAGCUGCAGCCCAUAUAACCAGGUUAGGUGUUUACGAAGUUUAGAUUCUCAUCCACAUUGUCAUACGAAUGGUUGUUUAAGCAACGAUUUCAUCUUCAGUAAUGGAGAAAUUAUAUGGUGAUUCUUCCUCAUAGAAACAUCGGCCGUAGAUUCAGCUUGCAUAGUUGUUUGAGCAGAGGAUGCACGAGAACAUCAUUGCCUGCUUGCGGUCUGAUUAGCGGGCGAUCUGAACCUGAUGUGUCUGUAUAGAUAUACAUGUUGCAUUUGAUGAAUACCAGGCUUAUGAUACUUGGAACCGUACUUGACUGCA